AUGCCAGAACUCCCGGAGGAUGUGAUACACCUGAUAUGCGCUCAGAUCAUAUCAACUCCCCGUCACAGACUACUUCCCGCGACGCCGAGAGAAGUUCUUUCGUGGAAGAUCGACCGCGCACAUGGCAGUCUCCAUGAUUUGCAGUCUAUAGCAUUAGUCAACCGCGCCUGGAACCGUGCGGCCAACUGGUCGUUAUAUAACACACUUCAGAUCCGGCCUCGAUGGGUUCCCAACAUCGACCGGCUGUUGGAGGGAUUCGUGCGAGAUCCGGAGAGGGCGAGCCACGUUCGAGCGCUGCGUAUACGCAGCACACCUACCUGGUCUAGUAAAUUGUCCCGCCAGGCGUGCCAUCCGGCGGUCAUCGAUGCUGCCAAGGAUCUACCAAUCGAUGGAGGCAUUCGCCGACAGCUGAUUGAGGAUCUGAAGUUGGGCAGAGCGGAUGCGAAAAUCGUUUCGCUGCUCUGCCUUUGUCCGAAAACGGAAGCUCUGCAAUUCCGGGAUGGUGGAUGUGAGGCCGACUCGCUCAUGUUAGAUGUGAUUGCAAGUGCUCGGAAAUUCAGCAAACCAAGAGAUCUUCCGUUUUCAAGCAUAAAUUUGCCUGGCGAGGCGAAUGACUGCCAUUCACGAGCUCAGCUAACAAAUCUCGACUUCUUAACGCAUCUCAGAAUAGUAAGAGUCUAUUGGAAGAAUAGCAAAGCAGGUGAAUGCGCAGGAACGAUUAUCGCAGGCAACGGCGAUGCCCACCUUGCAAUGCCAGUCGAGGGCCUUCACCCAUCUGUCGACUGCCUUUUCUCACCUAUGAGAAGAGUGUUGCAAGACUUCCCGUUUCUGAACGCACUUGCUCUAUAUUCAGGUCGAAGGCCUUGGGGUCGAGAGGCGUGGCCUUGGCAUGCAUCAGAGAAGUGGUUCACGAACAGCAAUCAAUGUCCUGACCGAAUCGGGUCCGCAAUCGACAUCUGA